AUGGUUCUCGAGGCGACCAUGAUAUGCAUUGACAACUCAGAAUGGAUGCGAAACGGCGAUUACUCUCCUUCUCGUUUUCAAGCUCAAGCCGAUGCUGUUAAUCUCUUAUGCGGCGCUAAAACCCAAUCGAAUCCAGAGAAUACAGUGGGGAUAUUAACAAUGGCAGGCAAACAAGUUCGGGUUUUGAGUACUCUUACUAGUGAUCUUGGCAAGAUUUUGUCUUGUAUGCACGGUCUUGAAGUUGGUGGUGAGAUGAAUCUAUCAGCGGGAAUCCAGGUUGCACAACUGGCUCUUAAGCAUCGUCAAAACAAAAAUCAGCAGCAAAGAAUAAUAGUUUUCGCUGGAAGUCCUAUCACAUAUGACAAGAAGAUGUUGGAGACGAUAGGGAAGAAAUUAAAAAAGAACAAUGUAUCUCUAGAUAUUGUUGAUUUUGGUGAAGAAGAGGAUGGGAAGCCGGAGAAGUUGGAGGCCCUCUUUGCUGCUGUCAAUAGUAAUGACAAUAGCCAUAUAGUUCACAUUCCUCCUGGUGGAAGUGCUAUUUCUGAUGCGCUUAUGAGCACACCUGUAUUCACUGGAGACGGGGAAGGAGGAGGAAGUGGCUUUGCUGCAGCAGCUGCUGCUGGUGGCGGCGACUUUGAUUUUGGUGUAGAUCCUAAUUUAGAUCCAGAGCUGGCUCUUGCUCUUAGGGUUUCUAUGGAAGAGGAGAGAGCUAGGCAAGAAGCUGCUGCUAAAAGGGCUGCUGAUGAAGCUGCUAGACAAGAAAAAGGAGAAGAACCAUCAUCCAAUUCACAGGAUGCAACAAUGACUGACAAGGCUGCUGAAGCAACUAACAAUACUGCUGAUCCGAUGGAUGAAGUGAAUGCAUUGCUUCAGCAGGCUAUUGCACUAUCAAUGGAAAACCCUGGAUCUGAUUCCUCUGUCCGUGAUUCUGAAAUGGCAGAAGCACCUAAUGAUGAUCAGGAUUUGGCAAAGGCUCUUCAGAUGUCCAUUCAGGAAGCGGCAAACAAUUCAUCAAGUCAGUCAGAUAUGAGCAAGGCAUUGGAGGAUCAGUCUUUUGUGUCAUCUGUCCUUGCAUCACUUCCAGGAGUCGACCCUAACGAUCCCUCAGUGAAGGAGCUGCUAGCAUCUUUGCAAAGCCAAUCUGAGUCCGGACAAAAGAAGAAUGAAGAUAAGCCACCAAGUGAUGACAAUAGGAUGUUAGGAUUGCUGUCAUUAUGCUUGUUAACGUUAUGCAAUGGAAUUGAUGUCUUGUACUGUGGCUCACUUUAUGGUUGCUGCGUUGGGAAGGAGACAAGGGCUCAAUUUCUUCUCCUCUAUCCUCUUUGCUCCUUUGCUUUCACGCAAAGUCUUGAUUUUGAGGAACACGAAGAUAGAGAGAUGGGGAUGUGGUUGUGUGAUCCGAGAUUGGGACCACCGUAUUCUUUGCAUAGUGGCAAUCCAAAAGCAACAUCUUUAUAUAAAGACCAAGAGCCCCAGGCUGAAACCCAAACCACUAGCAGUUUGUUUUGCAAAGAAAACAAUACUCACACUCUCCCCUACAAUUCAACAACAAUGGCAAUGGCUUUCAAGAUGGCGACAACAGGCAUGUGGGUGACUGAUGAAUGCAAGAAUUCAUUCCAUGAAAUGAAAUGGAAGAAAGUUCAUAGGUACAUAGUGUUCAAGAUUGAUGAGAAGUCGAGGUUGGUCACUGUGGACAAGGUCGGUGGCCCUGGUGAGAGCUAUGAUGAUCUUGCUGCUUCCUUACCAGAUGAUGAUUGCAGAUAUGCUGUCUUUGAUUUUGAUUUUGUCACUGUUGAUAAUUGCCGCAAGAGCAAGAUCUUCUUCAUUGCCUGGGCUCCGACAGCAUCAAGAAUUAGAGCAAAAAUGCUUUAUGCAACUUCCAAAGAUGGGUUAAGGAGAGUGCUUGAAGGCAUCCACUAUGAACUCCAAGCAACCGACCCAACCGAGAUGGGAUUCGAUUUGAUCAGGGACAGAGCCAAAUGA